GAGUGGGCCCACUCUGUUGGACGACUCAGAUUUCUGCCAUGGCUCCACUCCAUUACUUGGCCUUUCUCUCACACACACACUCUCUCUCUCUCUCAGAUUCAAACAGAGCAACAACCCUUCCUCCCCUUCUCCGCCGCCAGUUUCAGGUGUAUGCUAAACAGAUUAGAUUAGAUUAGAUGGCGGCAUCUAUGGUGUGCACAUGGAUAGUAGCCGCCUGCAUGUCCGUCUCUUCUUCUUCCUCUUCCAAUUCUCUCUUCUCUUCCAAACGCAAACGCAGGCUCGAUCGAUUUUCACUUUCCUCCAGAUGCAGGCGAGGAGGUCGCGUAGCAAUGGCUAUAGCCAUUCAACCUUCUUCAAUUGAAAUGGAGGAGGAGACGACCCUCACCAAAAGGAAGCAGCCGCCUACAAAACAAAGGCGAGUUGUUGUGACAGGCAUGGGUGUGGAGACCCCAAUCGGCAACAAUCCCGACCAGUUCUACAACAAUCUGCUCCAGGGGGUUAGCGGCAUUACUCAAAUCGAGGCCUUCGAUUGCUCCAGCUAUCCAACAAGAAUUGCUGGAGAAAUAAAAAAUUUCUCCACAGAUGGAUGGGUGGCCCCAAAGCUGUCCAAAAGGAUGGACAGGUUUAUGCUCUACAUGCUGACUGCCGGCAAGAAGGCUCUUGCAGAUGCUGGGAUCUCCCCAUCUGAUUCUGAUGAGAUUGAUAAGUCCAGAUGUGGAGUCCUCAUUGGCUCUGCUAUGGGUGGUAUGAAGGUUUUCAAUGAUGCCAUAGAAGCUUUGAGGGUCUCAUAUAGGAAGAUGAAUCCUUUCUGCGUACCCUUUGCCACUACUAAUAUGGGAUCUGCCAUGUUGGCCAUGGAUCUGGGUUGGAUGGGUCCUAACUAUUCCAUCUCUACAGCCUGUGCCACAAGCAACUUCUGCAUACUCAAUGCAGCCAAUCACAUCAUCAGAGGUGAAGCUGACAUGAUGCUUUGUGGUGGCUCCGAUGCUGUCAUUAUACCUAUAGGAUUGGGAGGAUUUGUCGCAUGCAGAGCUCUGUCCGAGAGAAACACCGACCCUGCCAAAGCUUCUCGCCCAUGGGAUUCGGGCCGUGAUGGGUUUGUUAUGGGAGAAGGAGCAGGAGUCCUAUUGCUGGAAGAACUUGAGCAUGCUAAGAAAAGGGGUGCGAAAAUCUAUGCGGAGUUUCUGGGUGGAAGCUUCACUUGUGAUGCGUAUCAUAUGACAGAACCUCAUCCUGAAGGUGCUGGUGUCAUUUUAUGCAUAGAGAAAGCCUUGUCUCAGGCUGGGGUGAAGAGGGAGGAUGUCAACUAUAUAAAUGCACAUGCUACAUCAACACCAGCUGGUGACCUCAAGGAAUACCAUGCUCUUCUUCAUUGUUUUGGCAACAACCAAGAGUUGCGAGUCAACUCUACAAAAUCAAUGAUCGGUCACCUUUUAGGAGCAGCCGGUGCUGUAGAAGCCGUUGCAACUGUACAGGCAAUACGGACGGGUUGGAUUCAUCCAAAUAUUAAUCUUGAAAAUCCAGACCAAGGCGUAGACACCAAAGUGUUAGUGGGCUCAAAGAAAGAAAGACUGAAUGUCAAGGUUGGGUUGUCUAAUUCAUUUGGAUUUGGGGGUCACAACUCAUCAAUAUUAUUUGCGCCUUUCCAAUAGAUGAUGAUGAUGAUGAUGGUGUAGAAGAGUGGAGGGAGGGAGGGAUAAGCUAUCAAAUGUCACUUGUCUUGUAUUAUUUACAACAGACCUUACCCUUUCUUUCCAUGUGUACUUGUUGUUACCAGUAAUAUUGUUGGUUUUCUUAAAUGCUUUUGAAUUUUGAUAA